UUGAUUGGGGUUUGUGAUUUUCAGAUGUCAAAUGGAGACAUGUUUGCCGAGAACCAUGAUGAGAUAGAUUUUGAGUUCUUGGGGAAUAUCAGAGGCAAAGAUUGGAGAAUUCAAACCAAUAUUUAUGGGAAUGGAAGCACGAGCAUAGGCAGAGAAGAAAGAUAUGGACUCUGGUUUGACCCAUCAGAGGAUUUUCAUGAAUACACCAUUCUCUGGACUCAAUCUCUCAUCAUAUUUUAUGUGGACAAUGUUCCCAUUAGAGAGGUGAAGAGAACAGCAACAAUGGGAGGGGACUUCCCUUCUAAGCCAAUGACUUUGUAUGCCACAAUAUGGGAUGGAUCUACUUGGGCUACCAAUGGUGGCAAAUACAAAGUUAACUACAAAUACGCGCCAUACAUUGCCGAAUUCUCCGAUUUCAUCCUCCACGGCUGCGCUAUCGAUCCAACCGACCAGUCCUCAAGCUGUGAUCACUCCCAAAACUCCAACCCAAUCCCUUCAGGUAUAACACCAUCUCAAAGAGCCAAAAUGGAGAGCCUCAGAAAGAAGCACUUGACAUACUCCUAUUGCUAUGACCGCAUCCGCUACAAGGCCCCUCCACCGGAGUGUGUGAUCAACCCUGCAGAGGCUGAACGACUCCGAGUCUUCGACCCUGUAACAUUCGGUAAAGGAAGACGCCAUCGCGGGAAAAUCCACCACCACAGCCUCCUAAACCAGGCAGAAUCCGCCGCCUCUGCUUGAGACAUGGCAUAUUCUUUCGUGGGGGUCAUUUUCUCGUGUAUAGACGACGACCGAGGUGAGUCGAUAGAUUUGUUGAAGGUGCCAUAGGAGGAGAUCCACAUUGAAGAGCAUCUGUAUAGUUCAUUUAUUUUGUUUUCAUUGUCACUUCACAGUUUCAUUACAUUCUUGGUUUUCUGAUUACCACAUUCAGUAGUAGCAGUGUUAAUGGAUUGUUUUGAAUUUGAUAUGAAACCCUCAUAAAUUUGAAUAAAAAAAGUUCAGGAUUUCAGGUUUU